AUGAUGCACGCCGAAAUGGAGCUAAUGGAGAACAUCAAGCUGAACGAGUGUAACGUAGCGACUGCGAACGCCCGUAUCAAACACUUUAAGGAACUGAUUGCUCAAGAACAUGCACGAUUCAAAACACUUUCAAGAAAGUUGGAUGGAGACACCAACGAGCUCAAGAGUCUCGAGGAGGAGCAAGUCGUUGCUGAGGCAAAGCAUUCCGAGUUCCGAUACGCUGUGGCCAAACGCGAGCGCGAGGUGCAAGUGCUCCGUGCUCAAUUUCAGCAACAGCGCGCCGCCAUGCUCAGUUUGAGGUGUCAGAUCUUAGAUGCUACAACAAAGCUGGACAAGCUAUCGUCUACGGAUGCUUUGGUGGAGAAAGAAGCACAAAAUGUCACUGCCGCCUUGGGUGAAUGUGCGAAGCCGACUAAACAACGCGCAAGUCGCCAGAAGAUUCGCGCCAAGAUCAGAUAUACACAGCAAUUCAUCGUACAAAUGGGGGAGGAAACGAACCAGCUUAUCGAGAAGCGAGCCAAACUUGAAGCGGAAGUACGCAAGUGCGAGCAGGAGACUCACAAGCUGCGAGAAUCAAUUUUCCUCAAGGAAAGGGGAACCGAUGUGCUGUUCAAACGCCUGCGUGACGACACUCACCGCGUCGUCAAAGAAAACGGAAAGAUCGAAGGCAAAUUGAAGGCCAAACGCAGAAAAUAUCGACUCAAAACCAAGAACGAGGCAAACUCGCUCAAGCGCCGUGUCACCUUUAUUACGUCUGAGCUUGAGAGAGGUCAGAUGACGAACGAGGAUGCGCUGUCUAGCGUUGGCGCUUUAAGCACCCAACGUGAAGAGCUUGAACAAAGGUAUGCAAGCGCUUCAUGCUAA